CAGAUGUACCAACAUAGUGCAUUACAUGAGCAGGCGCGGCGGGCAAGAGCUUGUCGGUGGUGGGGACGACAAAAGGGGAGGCAGUGGCCAGAGGGAGGCUAGAAGCCUCAGGGGAGGAUGUUGGAGCUCGGGGAGUGGUAGCCCUACUCCUCUCCUCAAGAAGGUGAGGAACAGCACUGGCCUCCCCUCUCUCCUGCCCAUCCUCACCUCCAAGAGCAGCAGGAGCAGUGACCUCAUCAUUCCCCCUCACGCCUGCAUGGAGACCCCCAUCUGCCACCUCCCCUCCAUCUCUGCCACCUCUGUCCCUCGCUCUCCACCUCCACCCAGCGGCCCACUCUGGAGCCCACCACACUACGAUGAGCACCUCGACCUGGCUCUGUCCGCUGAUGCUCUCGCCGGGGGCCCAUAUGAGAACUUCCUCAGGGUGAGCGGCCGAGGGGUCAUGCUGCACCACUUGGGACUGUGGCAGGAGCUGGACGGCUUCCUCCACCUCCUGCUUAACUUGGGGGAGGGCCCCUCUAAGGCUCUGAGGCAGGUGUUGGCUGGGAAGAUCAUGGCAGUGUACCUCACUGAUGCCUGGCAGUGUGUCAGUCGCCCCGAGGGCGAGAGGCACACCACCCACUUGACCAAGUCUACGAUCAGUCAACUCCAAACCCUCCUCCCCUCUGGCAAUGUGAUGCCCUGGAUCUACACUGCCAAGCAGGAAUUAUGCCAGAUACUGGGUCCAACCUACAACACAUUCCUGGAUGAAGAAGACAAACAAUUUCUCUUGUAUUUGUUCGCUCGGAGUGAGGUAAAGGGGAAUGUUAGCCUUGGAACAACAGCGACCUCUAGUGCUCCCAGUGCUCCAGAGCAGCAGGUGAGGAGGAUGAGGGAGGCUCUGGCUCUCUGUCAGGCCUCUAUUGAGCCUCUCAGUGAGGAGACCUGGGCCUUGGUGCCCCUAGAGGAAGUCAGAAGAGGAGGCUCAGUCCACCUGCACUACAGGAAGACCAAUAUAUAUGACCUUCCAUUUGAAACCCUGUCAGAGAGGUACCCCAAGUUGGCCGUGGAGGCAGUCAGUAAAACUCACAGGCUCUACAGUGGCUGGAAGCAAGUACAGGAGGAAACCACAGCGAAGACAGUGGUGACAUCCAGUUCCCCGGGUAAGAAGCCGCUCAGCCUGACGAAGGAUAAGGAACGCAGCUCAGCCAAUAGACAAACCACAAGACCAAGGUCUUUAAGGGAGGUGAUGAAAAGUCCCACCAACCUGGAGUACUUCAGGCGUUACCUGAAGGCCAACGAUGCCUAUGGUGCACUGCUGUUCUACCGAAAUGUGGAAAAGCUGCGGAACAGCGGCAGCCUCUUCCAGACAACCAAGAUCAACCGCAUUGUGAACCAAUUCCUUAGACGACCAGACGCAAAGGAUUAUCUUCAGUGCCAAGCCAGUCUCCUCUCUCAGAUCCCCAAGAUGAGAUCUGUUUCUCCCGACAUCAUUUUUGCUGCUCAGGAUCUGGUUAUCAAAUCUCUAGAGGCAACCUGGUUCAGGAAGUAUCAAGACUCUUUGGCUCCUUGUACCAAUGUAGUUGACACAAGAACCAUCAUCCUCACAGGCAAACUAAAAAAUGUGUGGGGCAUCUUCUCCAAAUUUAUCAAAAGCAUCUGUAAAUUCCGAAGUGCCAUGAAGGACGUUCUGACCAGGAGCAAGUUUGAGGCCUACCUGAGAAACAAUUGGCAUGACUACUCACUAAAACCCACAGUAAAGUUAAUGGGGAGUCGGGAAAUUGAAUCGGUUGCCAAGUGCUCAGGGGACGAAGACUUGCAGCACCUGAAGAGACGAGUCAUCAACCACAAACUGAUAACAGUGGAGUUCCUUGUCAAUGAUCUGUCGUUCUACCUUGAGACAGAGAGUUUCAGGAACAUGGCUGACUCUGGUACUAUGAUGGCCUCCGCGGGCAUGUAUGGCCAGCAUGACAGUGCCCUUCUGCACCACAAAGCGGAGAUGAUCAUCAAGCUCUUCCUGAAUUCAGAGAUCUCUCCUAAACUAAGGAUCAACAUAGAAGAGAGUGCCAGGGAUUCCAUCCAGCAGACCUUUUCCUUGGGCCAGGUGGACAGAGGGCUGUUCCAUAAAGCCAUCAUGGCCAUCUUCCCAAACCUCAUCUUCUGCUGGAAAAAGUUCUGCAGUCAAAAGAUAAAAAAGGUCCUAGUUUCUAAGAAAGAAGCCUCUACAGCUCUUCCUGAUUUCCUCAUCCCCAUCAACUCUGACUGGUACCAGAAUGUUCAAAUGACCACGUCCAAGGAAGACGAUUACACCACCCUUCGGUUUACUUUACGUUAUGGUCUCACCCUGAUAAUCCCUCAAACCAGACGAGAUGUAAACUGUGAGACACUGACCUUUCCAAUCCCAGCCCUAACGUAUGCCAGUGUUCUCCGCCCUGCCCAGGGCCCCAUGGGUAGGCAGAGACCGGAGGUUCCGCCACUGGAGUUGUCCAGCCAAAGGCAGAAAGGCUUUUAGUACCAUUCUCAGGUAUCCCUACAAUACACCUCAUUUAGCUUGGUGGUGUAUGUUACAGUAUUGAAAGGACAGUUAAUAAUUGGAUGAAUCCAUUUUGUUUCCUGUCAUUGUAGUCCUCAAAUGUCUCUGCCAUGGUCUGACCUCAUCCACUUGGGCCCGGGAUAGUUGUUCUCAACAGUUAAGGAGAAUAGUUAGGCUGUAAUUUGAUAACACAAAUAAAGAUGGUUAUGCUCCAAGUGUAAUUUAAUGUAUUUGGUUUAAAACAAGUCUGUUUUAUCACCAGUAGGGGGAGCCACUGUCCAAUACAGAACAUUGCCAUCAGGUCUAUAAUGGAAUUAAUGAUUUUCCAUUAUAUAUGUAGAUACUUAGCAUGUUAUGAAGAAGUAGCAAUAUUGGGUUGGCAGUAAUGUUCCCUAUUGCAUUAGUAAGAACUUAGAUCAACGUUUAUUAAAACAUUUAUGUGGGAAUAUGGCAUUCAGGACAAUAACCUAGGCAACCUAGGCAAAGCCCCAGAAGGACUAACGGAUCAGUAGGGACAAAGCACCAAGACGUUCAUAUUCCCUUCCCCCAACCCCCCCUCCCCCAAACAGCCAAUCAUCUCCCUCUCCACCUCAACACCUGUUGUCUUGUCUCUCAUAUAUCACUGUCUGGCAGUCUUCAGGUUCUGUCUAACCCCAGGAUAAGAGUCCACUUUAAAAAUUAACAAGGCCUACAAUGUGCCUGUCUCAUGGCUUUAAAUGUCCCAUGCAUUACAUCACUGCCAAUGACCCAAAGUCCUCCCCUGUGACCACUGGAGCUGUAAAUCAGCUAGGGCUUUUGGGAUGUUGCUGGCCUAAACCCCUUAACACUUUAUUUGCAUCAUCAAUAACCAAAGGCUUCAUACAAUGUCUCAUUAAAAAGGCAUAAUUGAAUACUGUAACGUGUGCUUAAAAAGGCCAGUUCUGUCAGUCCUUUUUGGAUUCUAUGCUUUUUAAUAUGAGUGACACAGUUCACAUUCUAGAUUGUUUUCCGUUAGUGUGUUUUUUUCUUUUUACUGUGCAGCUUCACUAAGGAUAAAACAUUAUUUGUAUGGUACAUUCUUGGAACUGAGUUCAAGACAUGAGUUUUGAAAGGAGACACUGAGAUUUAUUUCCCAUGAUGCCUUGCCCUUCUGGAAGGAUGAGGUACCCUGCCUCUUCUAUGUCAAUAACGGAGCCGCUGACAGAGAAAAAGACUCAGUGCUAGCCAUCAUGGGUUUUAUUUAAUCCAGCUUUGCGCUUCUUUGGGAUAAUAACUUUUUUGCUUCAUUCCUGGGCUUGUCUGUCAGCUUGACAUAGCAAUAUCUCCCAACUCCACUGUUUCAAAGUCGGUUUCAUUUAUUUCAAAACACCAUUUCACACCCUGCUGGCUUUAACUAGGUAUUAUACAGCGUUUGGGGAGAGGGCUGUAGAUUGAAUCGUGACAGAGACAACGUCUUUUACUGUGAAAAAUAAGUGAAUAUUGUAAAUAGCAGACUACAUCCAAUGUUUUUUGCUUUCCUUUCUCACCAUAAUGUCUUUGUGUUUGCUGUUCUAGUCUCUUAUAUCUGUGCUGCCUGUCAAAGCCUGAUAAAAUACUGCUUGUUCAGAAAGCAUUGCCAUUUUGUCUCCUGUAGUUGUAUUUUUGCAUUCACUGUACAUUUUUGUGUGUUUUUAGUUUUUGA